GAUUGGGUGAAUAGAUUAAAAAAAUGUUAAUAACAUUAUAGAUCAUAGUCUGUUAAGUUUCUCAAGAUGGUCCGUAAUGUCCCGAAAUAUGGUCCGUUAUGUCCCCAAAUCUGGUCUGUAAUGUCCAUGGUCCGUAAUGUCCGUAAUUCAUGGGAAGGAGUGGCAAAUUGGUUGGAUUUGAGUUUUAAAUGUGAUUUGAUAUAAGAGGAUGGCAAUAAGGAUGGAGUGUGGUGCGAGAGGUACAUAUAUGAUGGAGGAGGGAGUAUCAAAUAUAGAAUGGGACAUGCCCAUACAUGUAUCUCAGAACUGUCUGCUGGCUUGACCAGUAGUUACAAUCUUGAUGGGUGCCCAAACCAGCGCUUUUUCAGCACACAAUUAACUCCAAAUAAGUAUGAAGAGAUUGCUGAUGAAACUCUAGACUCCCUCACCGAGAUGUUUGAAGAUAUUCAAGAAAGAUUUGACUGUGGCCCUGAAUAUGAUGUUUCAUACAGUAGUGGUGUUUUGACAGUGAAGGUCAACCCUAAAUGGGGAACAUACGUAAUCAACAAACAAUCUCCCAAUAAACAGAUAUGGUUUUCAUCACCAAAAAGUGGACCCAAGCGCUACGACUACGUCGAUGGCAUGUGGGUGUACAAGCAUGAUGGGAGAGUUCUUCACGAUCUUUUAACAGAGGAAAUUACAGAAGUGAUGGGAAAAACUGUGGAUUUCACAAUAUGUUCAUAUGGGAACAGAUAGCAAAUGUUUAAGCUUAUUAAAACUAUUCUGGUAAACUUUUCAAUAUUCAAAAUACCUCUGUGUGUGAGUGUGUCUAGAGUUAUUAUAGGUGAAGAUAUUCAUGAACUGAACAUGUAUACAUAAUACUAUUUAUGAUAAUGUAUGUAUACAAAUAUAUACAAGAAAAUAAAGAGUGAAGAACAA